ACAGACUCACCACGUGGUUGAUAAUAACAUGAGUGGGCUCGAGGGGGCGGUGGUGGACUGUCAGUGAGUGUUACUGAAGGGAGUCGCGCGUGGAUGAAGUUGAGUAAUGAUUCCUCGUGAAGGAUUAAUCUUUAAAUUGUGUUUGAGAAGAACUGCAGCGGUGUGACGCCAACAGCACGCGGCAGCUGACCUUUGACCCCGGGGAGGAGCAGUAGCGUGAGUUAGCUCGGUUAGCUCGGUUAGCUUAGUACCAUCAGGAGGAAGUGUCACCGCCGCUCGGUUAGCUCUCUACAGGGGACGAGGAGGAGCCAGUCUGCGGUCAUGGCUGCCCUCGGUAACACGGGGGCCACUUCCAGUCCUAUGGUGAUCCUGGCUCCCAAGACCAAGACGAAAAAGAAACACUUCGUCCAGCAGAAGGUGAAGGUGUUCCGAGCCAGCGACCCGGUGCUGAGCGUCUUCAUGUGGGGCGUCAAUCACUCGAUCAAUGAUCUCAACCAGGUGCCUGUUCCUGUCAUGCUGCUUCCCGAUGACUUCAAAGCCAACACCAAGAUCAAAGUCAACAACCACCUCUUCAACAAAGAAAAUCUUCCAGGACAUUUCAAGUUCAAAGAAUACUGUCCUCAGGUCUUCCGAAAUCUAAGGGAACGAUUUGGCAUCGAGGAUCUGGACUACCAGGUUUCGUUGACACGCAGCUCCCCGAUGAGGAGCGCAGACGACCAGGGAGACUGUCUGCUGCUCAACUCCUACGACCGCACGCUGGUCAUCAAGCAGAUCUCCAGCGAGGACGUCGCAGACAUGCACAGCAUCCUGUCUGAGUAUCACCAGCACAUAGUGAAGUGUCAUGGCAGCACCCUGCUGCCUCAGUUCCUGGGCAUGUACCGGGUGAGCGUGGACAACGAGGAGACCUACCUGAUCGUCAUGAGGAACAUGUUCAGCCACAGACUGGUCGUUCACAGGAAGUACGACCUGAAGGGCUCUCUGGUGUCUCGUGAAGCAAGCGACAAAGAAAGGGGUAAAGAGCUCCCCACCUUCAAAGACAUGGACUUCAGGAACAACAUGCAGAAGGUGUACGUCACCGAGGAGGAGAGGGAGAAGUUGAUGGAGAAACUCAACAGAGACGUGGAGUUCCUGGUGAAGCUGAAGAUCAUGGACUACAGUCUGCUGCUCGGCAUCCACGAUGUGGGGCGAGCAGAGCGCGACGAGGAGGAAGGCGAGGAGGUCUCUAACGAGGAGGACCCGGAGGCGGAGAAUGGCCUGGCAGGAGGCGCCACGGCGGGCUCUUACGGCACGUCUCCUGAGGGAAUCGCCGGCUACAUGUCGGCCUGUAAGCCUCUGGGACCCGGGGAGUUCGACCCCUACGUGGAUGUGUACGCCGUCUCAAGCUGUGCAGGAUCCCCUCAGAGGGAGGUCUACUUCAUGGGCCUGAUCGACGUUCUCACUCAGUACGACACCAAGAAGAAAGCCGCUCACGCAGCAAAAACUGUCAAACACGGGGCCGGUGCAGAGAUCUCCACGGUCCACCCCGAGCAGUACGCCAAACGAUUUCGUGACUUCAUCUCAAACAUUUUUGCGCAAUGAACACUGCUGUAAGUCGACCCAACUGAGAGCUACGUUUCUAUUUUACCUAUGACCAAAUAUAUCAUGCACAAAGCGGAUCAUUAUUAAAAACGUGGUGAUCUGAGGCAAGACUACUUGUAGCAAUAUGACGUUCUCGUACUUCUGACGCAUAUCUGUAUUUUUAAGAUUAAAUAAGCAUUUCUUAGCGACGUGAAGCGCUCUCACAGACGGACUCUGGAGCUGAAGGGUACCUGGAAACAAACUACUGUUGAUCAGUGUUCAAAGUGUUGGACCGCUGUAGUGUGAGAUCAGAUCUCUCUCUGUGUCCGGUUCCCCCGGGCUCAGACUGAACUUUGAAGAGUUUGACGUUUUUAGAGGUGCGUUUGUUUGUUUUCUUGCCAAAAGUAAGAUGAGAGCGACGCCGCUCUGCUGCGUCUGUUCAAGGUUCCCUUUGGAGUGUUUGACCUCAGACAAGCACAAUGGAGCUGCUUCCUUUUUUCUCCAGUGGGCUCCUGCUCGGUUUGUCUUUGACGACGGACUCAUCACACUACUCUUUAGAAACACACUCAGAGGUUAGAGGCCAAACUGUGCAGCAACAUGCCAACAAAGAGAGCUUACAGGAAGACAGAUAUCAAGAAAACAUUAACCCAAACACUGAAGUUGAAAAAGUCUUUCCAUUUAAAAUUAGUUUUAAAGCAAAUAUUCAACCAAAGCAAGGAUUCUUAAUCUGUUGUGGAAGCAUGUGAAAGUGUAUUAGACAGCGUGACGGGAGCGAGCGAUCAUUUUGACCCUGAUGCUUCUUUCUAUUUCCACUCUGGUUGCUUUUUUAGACAUAAACAAGAUUAAUUCAUGAAGGUUAGAUGAGAAGGUCUCUGUGUGAUCCCCAUAGACUGUAUAAAUAAUGGAUGUAGUAUCCGUGACGUCACCCGUCUGUUUCUGUAGCGCUGUUUUGAGGCCAAUCGUCGGCGGCAGCCAUAUUGCUGCUGUCGAGCGAUUAUGAUGUAAAGAGGCGGGCUUUGAGCCUCCUAGCCAACAGCUACAGUGUUCCUGCCUGUCAAUCAAGUCAGCUGUGCCUCUCAUUGGAAGACUCAUCAUCUCAAUAUCUUUGAAAUUGCCAUGUUAGAAAAAAAUCCCCCCCCUCCUACAGUGUGUGCCGAUUGGAAAUGAGCUAUCCAGACUACACUCAUCUUUUGCACCAGGCUGUAAACAUGUUUAUUUCUGCUGUGAAGAUCGUCUUCUUUGAAUUGGUGUGUAUGUGGUUUCCGGUACUUUUGGACCCAGCCUCAAGCAGAUCCUCAAUGAACUGCAGUUUUUAGCACUUCAGCAUUGGACUCAUAUUUUUAGUCCUCUUGGUGAUCCCUCCUCAUUUCACUACAGACACCUGAAGGAAGUGGCGUCUCGCUGGAGGGAGAUCGCAUGAAAGGAGUGUGUAGUUUGAAAGUGUUUCUAGCUCUCAGAAGACAGAGGAGCAGUAAUGAUACACAUAUCCAUGAUUACAGUGUUGUGCCUUGACUUGUGUUGACACCAGGGGAUGUCACGUUCUUCUAUCUCUAAGAUGCAAAUAUUAGAAGUUAGAAAAUACUCCUCCAUCUCACAGCUGUGGAGCAAAACGUAAGAGUGUGUUUGACAGAUGCUACGUCCACUAAUGCAUGAAGUGCUCUAAAAAGAAAGAAGGAAAAAAGCUGAAAGUCUGACUAAUACUAAUUCUGUGCAAUCAUUUUAUUCAGAGUGAAUGAAAUGAUUGGAUUGACACCUUCCUGCUCGCUGCACACUCGCUCUACACGCUUACUUUGCAUAGAUAGUCUUCCAUCAGGCAUCAAACAAACAUGCAGGUAAAGCUUGUGAAAGAAUCAUCCUAGAACGACAGACCGGUCGUAAACAGAUCGCUCAAACCUCCAGAAGAAGCUUUGCACGGCACGUUCAUGUCUGCAGCUUGCAAAAGAUAAAGACUGGAGUUUUUACCCGUCUCACUCUGGUUCCUGAAAGUUCAGCUUCAGAAAGUUGUAGCCAGUAAGUUUGUUUGACCUCGAGGACACACACACUGUUUCUGUUUGUAACACUAAAUGUAACUUUGGGACAAACUAUUAGCCUUCCUUCCUUCCAAAGCCAUGAAGCUAAAUCUGCCUGGUGGCAUCUCAAAAUCCACACAACUGAUCUCAAAUCUCCUAUUUAUACAAAAUUGAAAAUGUCAAAUCAAUAAGAAGAGCCGGGUUAGCAGAGUCCUGACUGCUGGUUGUAAACUCACAUCAGUUCGGAUCCCCUCGUCUUAUUUUGGUAAGAAAGCAAAGAAGUGUUCCUCCAAAGUUUCAAGCACUCUCAAACAGGAAGGAUGUAUUAAUAAUAACAUUAAUAAUAAUGAUAAUAAUAAGAGUAGAAGGUCGCGGAUCUGCACUUGAAAGAUGAUAUUUGUCCGUCACAGCUGAAUAUUUGGAUGUUUAGAGUGCCAAACGUGUGGGAUCGAUGCUCUACUCUUGCAGGAUUUGCACUUUGCAUCCAUUAAUGAAACUCUAACGUGACUGAGCAGAUAAAUUAACCUCUGUGUGAAUGAAUCAAAUCCUGUUUUCCUACCAAGUCUUCACUAAAUAGAAACUACUGUGCAGAAGGGCUUUGUAAGUUACAGAUAACUGUGUGGUAUUUAAAUAAAAGCAUAUCAUAUUAUUUAGCCUGUAAACUGUUGCAGCAGUCGUGCAUCUCUUCGCCGCUGCAGCCUGUAAAGGAGAAGAAGAAGAGGAGGAGGAGGAGGUUGGCGUUGGAGCGUUUCAUUCACACACACAGCUGAGCCUGCAUCAAUGAAAUGAUCAGUCCUGUGUCUUUAAAUGAAACGCUUCAUGUGUGGUUAUUGAAAAACGAGCCGUCCAUCGUUAACGUGGAGCGGCUCCUUUUUGGACUUUAGAGUGGUGUGUGCAUUCAAACGGCUAAGUGAAUCAUCGUGAUAGGAUUUAGAGUAACACAUCAAUAGAAGUAGAAACUACUGUCUCUGUUUUGUAGUGACCACAUGCAGUGAUAACCAGGGUACUGUGGGAAACACUGUUGACAAUAACACUACAUUGCAGUAGCUCAUGAAGUUAGCCUUAACAUAGUGUUCUGAUGCAGCUCGACACUGGGAAGGCUGUGUAGAUAAUCUGACUCUGUAUGAAGCCUCAUCUACUCAAUGAUUGCACAUGUUGUUGUACUUUUGCAAAUCAGCUUUUGGACCAAAAUAUAUUUUACAAAGAAUUUA